AUGACUGGAAUAUUUGUGGACACAUUGAAGGACCCAUUUUUUGAUAGAUUAGUGAGCAGCGCAGCAUCCGAUUUUGCGCAUCUGGUCACAAUCGGAGAUCGCAUAGAAAAGGGUCUGAGGGAUGGAAAGAUUUCAGGAGCCGUGGCAACCCCUAGCGCACCGAAAAAGUAUUCUGGAGGCUUCCAGAAGAAAAGAGAGGGUGAAACGAACGCUGUAUCUAGAGGAUAUAAGGGGAAGCAACAGGCUUCAUAUGGCCAAGUCGCUGCCGUGGUACCCAUACCCUAUCAACAACCCAUACAACAACAACCAAUGUAUCAACCACAUCAUCAACAACCUCGUCAACAGCAGAACACCGCACCACCAAGACAAUUCAAGCCAAGGCCUCCAAGAAGGCAACUUGACCCUCUACCAGUACCUUAUAGCCAAAUAUUCCCAUAUUUGCAAAAGGAGGAUCUUCUGACAUUGAGGGAGCUGAAACCGGCUGUUUUUCCAUAUCCACCAGGAUAUGAUGCUAACGCCCAUUGUAAAUUUCACAUGGGAGCGCCCGGCCAUACUCUGGAAAAUUGUUUUGCAUUCCAAAAUAGGGUACAAGACCUGAUUGAAGCAAAAGUUGUUACCUUCACUCCGAGACGCCCGAACGUGAACACUAAUCCCAUGCCAACACAUGGAGAUGCUUCCGUCAGUGCCAUUGAGGAGAGUGAUCAGGGAGAACUGAUUCUUAAGGUUGAAGAGAUUCAAACCCCUAUCACCAGGAUAGGGGCACAGCUGCUAAAAAGUGGUCUAGUCCCAGAGGAGCUAGUCAAUGACGAGAAUGAUAAAGGGUUGAGGAAUUUUAUACAACAAAUGCUGGAUCGAGGCGAAUUACAGAUAAAUCGUCGUGUUAAGAACAAGGGAGAGGAAGAGAUAGCCGUCGUGGUGGACAUCCUUUAUGAUGAGGUUAACGUGGACAUCCUUUAUGAUGAGGUUAACGUGGACAUCCCUUUCGAUGAGGUUAAUGUGGCCAUCCCUUAUGAUGAGAUUAAUGUGGAAAUCCCCAUAAACCCAUUGGUGAUAGAGUUUCCAGCACCGUUCGCAUAUAAGGAUGAGAAGGCGGUACCAUGGAUAUAUCAGCCCAGAGCUUUUAAGCAAGGGCAGGAAGACCGACCCGUGGUAAUCAACGAACCAAACGUUACCUCAAUUGUGGGGCCAGCCGGAAUGACACGCAGUGGCCGAGUGUUCGCGCCAAGGGCUGUUGAUGCUUCUACAAAAGCCAAAGGGAAAGAAGUUGCUACUCCUGUCCAAAUCCCUGUCCCUAGUCGAGAAAUGCAAGAAAUGUAUCUGUCGCCUAAAGCUGCGGUCACUCGUGAGGAGCUGAGGAAUUUCUAA